ACAUGGGUUGAGAGAGGGGGAAUGUAACCAAGGGGACUACAACCCAUGGCCUAGCUGUUGAUUCGCUGGGUGAGUGAAAGAGUGAUCAACUGCUAUGUGGCCCAGGUUCUCCUUCAUAAGGGCAUUGAAUAAUUGUGCUCAAGAUUCUGUUCUGGUUCUAGUUCUAGUUGUAGUCUUAUUAUUAUUUUUGAACAUGGGGAGUUCUGGGGGAAGGGGUAAAUCUUACAAAUGUCCUCCUCACGGGGGACCUGAACCUUGUCAUGGGCCACGGUAUUUGGUGUAUAUUACCGUCCCACCUGGGGGCUGCAAAUCCAGUUGUAGCCUUCUUGGAGGAGCUUACAUCAAUGUCGCCUAAAUCUGUGUGUUCAAGGUCAAGCCAAGGGCACCUCCC